AUGCCCGCCCUCAAACCACUCCUGCGCCCGCGCCUGCCCCGCCCGUACCCCACACAAACCCGCGCCUUCCUCCCGCCGCUCCCGAGCCUCUUCUCCGCCCCCGCGCAACCCGCCAUCCAGACCCUCCGCGCCGCGCGCACGCUGCCCUACCCCAGCGCCCCAAUCUACUCCAUCAUCGCCGACGUGCCCGCCUACGCCUCGUUCGUGCCCUACUGCACCCGCAGCACCAUCACGCGCUGGUCCGCGCCCGACGCGCUCACCGGCCGCCGCUGGCCCAGCGCGGGCACCCUGACCUCGGGCUUCGGGGGGCUGAGCGAGACGUUUGCGUCGCGCGUGUACUGCGUGCCCGGCCGCGUGGUCGAGAGCGUCGGCGGCGACGCGGUCACGGCGCUGCCGGCUGAUGCGAUUCAGCACCAUCUCGUGGACGCGGACGGGGGGGAGCGGGGGGGUGAGGGCGGGGGGCUGUUGACGCAUCUGCGGAAUACGUGGACGGUGGAGGAGGUGCGGCCGGGCGAGACGCGGAUCGAGUUGGAGUUGGAGGUGGCGUUUGCGAAUCCCGUGUAUGCGGCGCUGAGUGCGGGCGCGGCGCCGAAGGUGGCCGAGGCCAUGGUGAGGGCGUUUGAGGAGCGGGUGAGGGGGUUGUUGAGGGACAGUCCGGGGAUGGUGGGCGCGCGGCUGGAGGAUCUGGAUGGGAGCCGGUUGAAGGCGUAG